AUGCCUCACGAGUCCGAGAAGACGCAGGAGGAGGAGAGGCGAAAGGUGCAGCAGCUUCAUGAGGAGAUGUCGAAGCGGCCGCACACUUUCGACACCGAGGGCAACCUCAUCUGGGUCGACGAGCUGAAGCCCGAGCGCCUGCCGAAGCUUGUCGAGGCUUUCGGCUACUCGGUCAAGCGCGAGCCGAAGAGCCUCCGAGAUGACAAGGCGGCCCUCGGAACGACGAUGGCCGCCCCCAAGGCCAAGCAGCGGCCAAGAAGGCACCGUGGGGGUGGACGAGGAGCUAAGAGAACGGACGCGUCACCAGAGUUCACAGAUGGCUUCUCCAAGCUGCAGCAUGGGCAGCCCCCGAUCCUCGAGACGAUGGUGGUGGUCCCAGGCGUCACUCUGGAGCAGCUCGGCAAGAUGAAGGCUGCAGUUGCUCCUCUGUUCAUGUGGAAGACGGCCCUUCCCAACCCUUCAAUCCUUUGCUCAUGCUUUUGUCCGCCCUCCGUCCAGAGCGGACCGGACGACGAGAAGCGUUUCCUCUCGCGACGUGAGUACGUGCAGCUUGCCGAACAGGAGGUCCGCUGGGCUUUGAGAUGGGAAGUACGGGUUAGGCCAACAGAUGCACAAUGA